AUGGUGGAUUGGGAGACCAACGAGUUCAUGUCCGCUUGGGAUAAGGAGUAUGUGUCAACCAAUAUCUCGCCAUCCGCUCGAGCCUACGAUCAGGAGUUGUUUUUGGGCAUAAAUUCAGAUUUGGUCUCUGCCCAAACUCUGCUGAAAGACCUGGCAUAUACUAUAAUUGCAGCAGCCUGUUGUGCGGUCAACAGAGCCGAUGUUGUUGGGCGCUUCUUCGACAGUCUGACCUCGAACUCUACGCCUGAGGAGUCAGAACACGUGUUCCUUCGGAUGAAAGAAGCGAUCACUAUCAUAUUCCCAUACGUGGGCAUGCCGACCUGCAUACCGGCGUGCUAUGGCAUGAUUGGAGUCGCUCAACGCAAGGGAAAAGAGUACGCCUCCGUCAAAUCUGUACGUGGUUCCACUGUGGGAGAGGAAGACGUCAGGAAAGGCGCGCAGCUACGUCAGAAGGUCUAUGCAGGGGUUGGUAAUUCUGAAAUCUUCGGAUUAAUGGACCAGUACUUUACGGAUCUGUGUAAGCGCUCAUGUCAGAUUCCAGUGCUGCAAGCAGCUCAUUUGAAGCAGUUCAGACGUCCACGUCCGUGA